GGAAAACGAAAAGAAAUCACGGGGGAAAUUCGUGCCCGGCCCUCUUUUGUCCUCCUCCGCCGUUGCCUCGCUUGCUUGCUUGCUGCUGCAGGUGAGUGCUGUGCUGUGCUGGUGGAGACGGGAGCCGGGCCGAGGCGGAUCGGGGAGGAGGAGGGAGGCAGGGGGUGGUAGAUCCGGCGGGCGUGGCUCGCAACAAGGUUGGUGGGAGGUUGGUGGAGGAGGAAGGAAGGGGAUGGAGCGGAAGGCGGUGGUGGUGUGCGCGCUCGUCGCCUUCCUCGGCGUCCUCUCCGCCGCGCUAGGCUUCGCCGCCGAGGGCACCCGCGUCAAGGUUUCGGAUGUGCAAACUGAUUCUUCUCCAGGGGAAUGCAUAUACCCAAGAAGCCCAGCGUUAGGCCUUGGGUUGAUGUCUGCCGUCGCCCUUAUGGUCGCACAGGCUAUUAUCAAUACAGUUGCUGGUUGCAUCUGUUGUAAGAGGCAUCCGGUUCCUUCAGACACUAACUGGAGUGUGGCUCUGAUCUCAUUCAUCGUAUCUUGGGUCACUUUCAUAAUCGCGUUCCUUCUCCUGCUGACCGGAGCCGCGCUGAACGACCAAAGGGGCCAGGAGAACAUGUACUUCGGCAGCUUCUGCUACGUCGUCAAGCCGGGGGUCUUCUCCGGAGGGGCGGUGCUCUCCCUCGCGAGCGUGGCCCUGGCCAUAGUCUACUACGUGGCCCUGACGUCGUCGAAAGGCCCGCCGAGCUGGGGCCCGCAGCAGAACCAGGGCAUCUCCAUGGGCCAGCCCGUGAUCCCGCAGCAGAGCAGCGAGCCGGUGUUCGUCCAUGAGGACACCUACAACCGGCAACAGUUCCCAUGAGUGAUCACAGCCAUAUUCAAGCCAGCCAUUUCGAGGGUCGCCCAUGAGGACACUUGCAACCGGCAGCAGUUCCCGUGAUCGCAGUCGUAGUACCUAAGCCGUUUCGACGGCCCACAUGAACGCUAUGUUGGCGAGUUUGGUUUGUAUAGCCCUGCAGGUUAGAACAAUAGCAGCAGCUUGGUUACCGUUAUUAUUAGCUAGGUUCAUCAGUCUUCUCUUUUUCUUUGUUUGAGACUUGAGAAAGGCGGCGGCAUGCCUGUUUCGUCGGUAUGGAUAUUUGAAUUUUAAAUGAACUGGGUAAUGUUGAGGUUGA